AUGGACCGCACGCGAUUAGUUCCCGUGGCCGUAGUGAUCGGAAUAUUAUUACAUUACGUGGUGCUGGGCACUGGAAAAUCCACUGUCAUUUACGACGAUAUCUAUUACGAAACCAAUAAUGAAAACAUCACCCUGAAAGGACCGAAUGUGUGCACAAAACUGGAACUGUAAGUUGUACAUAAUAUUACCCAGGGGGCAAUGAAUGGGUGCUUAGUUAAUAUGCUUAGUAGUUUAAAUGUCCAAAAAAUUAGAUUCAAUACGUAUUAUAUUUCUAAAAUUUAAUAUCCAAAGGAAUUUUUCGAAUAUCAAAUUAUGUAUAGUUAUUCAAAUUAUGAUUAUUAUUUUUUUUACCUCAGUAUUAAAGCUAGGAGUCUCGUUACGGAGUACCAAAACCGUGAGAUCUCCAAUGAAUAUCUCUGCCUCAAAAAUUUUCAUUUAAAAUGUGUAUUUUCUUUUAACAGAACAGUUCCAGUAAUAGUUGAACGAGUAAGUUAUUUUUUUUUUUACCAUUAUUAUUAUUUUAGAUUCUAAUAGUUUGAUAUGAACACUUUUAUCAAUAGCGAUAUAAUACAAUUUUAACGGUUUUUAUAAAUAUUAUGCCGUUAUAAUAAUAUCCUUUUAAAUAUUGAGGAUCUAUCGGUUUAAAUAUGAUGUAUGUGUGUUUUUUUUUUUUGUUUGUCAACAACUUUUUUACCAGAUAUCUUGUACCGAAGUAUCAAGUGUAGCACUUUUUCUGAAAGAAAAUUGUCUCCAGUUGGUUAGUAUUGAUGAUGACAAUUAUUGAUUUUAUAAGAGGUUUUCGAAAUAUUUGGGAAACAUUAUUUUAAAUUUGUUUAAAGUUUUCUAUCAGAAUUAUUUCCUCGAUCAAAAAUUCACAAGUUUGUUUCUUUAAAUAUAUUUCCAUUAAGAAUCAAUACGUUUUUUAUACCCUAAGUAGUUUUCAUAAAUAAUUAAGAAAAACCAAAAAGAGACAAAACAUGAAAACUGAUAAAUUUACGGCGUUGGGUUAUGAUUUCGUCAUCAAUUUAUACAGUUUAUGCUAUCUAUAACACAUUUUGUUUUCGAUUAGAAAACUAUAAGAAACCUUCUUUUUCUUAUUUUUGCUCUAGUUGGUAAUGUAGAAUGGUCAAUCAAAUUAUCAUUAAUAUCCGAGAUAUUGAGAAAAACUGGAUCUUUAGAUUAAAAAAUAUUAAAAGAUUACAAAUAAAUUUAUCAUUUGCAACCGUUUAAUUUAAUUUUUUUUUAAUACUAAGUAUUUAUUAUUUUAAUCUUUUAAUUUUGUUUAAAUGACAGUUGUUGACAUGAUAACGCACAUUAAAAAGCUAUACUAUUUACUAAACUUUGCUCAGAAUUGUCUUUCAUUGGCAAUAAUUUGUUACGUACAGAUAUAAAUUAAAUUCCUCACCCGUAGUAUGAAGUACGUCCGUACGUUUUUUAAUGUUCGGUGGAGAGGGAGAGGGGGUAAAAUGAAACACCAAACUUUUAAAUACCUAUACAUAUCUCAUUCAAUUUUAAUCAUAUAAAAAUAGUUGUUUUGUUUUUUUGCAAAACAAAUGUACUACAUGUACUGUAAUGUACAGUAAUAUUAUUACUGUUAUUUACUAUGCAUUUUUUAAAUUUGUUUAUUUUGUGAUCAUUUUUAAAAAAAGUCAAAAUAUCCUAAUAUAUCUCAGUGAUAAUGCACAAUGAAGCGACAAUUUAUUUUAUUUUCAUUUGAUCAAAAAAUACAAAAUAAAAUAAUAUUUCUAUUUAAUAUGUUUUAUUGGAUACUAUUUAACAAAAUUUUAAACAAAUCUUUUUUUUUUUAUCAUUUUAGUGUAGAAAUAAAAACUAUAUUUUAAAUGCUAUAAUAUAAAUUCAGAAAUAAAAAAAACAAAAAACAUAAUAAUGUGAUACAUUUUAAAUAAAAAAAAAAAACAAAAUAUGUAUUAUGUUAUAACAAUAUGAUACUAAAAGACGAAAAAUAAUGUGUUUUGUUGUACCCCAUCUCGUAUUGCCCAUACAUCUAUUUUAAGUUUAAUAUUUAAAUAAAGUACACAUAUUUUUAUUUGUGUAAUAAAUCUCAGAAUAUGUAUUUGUUUCUUCUAAUAAAUAUAUUAUAUUAAAUACGUAACCUUUGAAAGAAAUUACAAAAUACGCAAAAAAAAAAAAAUAACCCGGCGGUUGAAUUUGUUCGUUUUGAUAUGAAAAUUUGGGUAUUUUAAUAUGAAAAAUGGGUAAUUUAUAAUCCAUAUUAAAAUGUUUUUUUUUUUUUUUGUAUAAAAAUAAUCCAAUGCUUGAAAAUUUGAUAGAUUUGUAAUUUUAUUUUUAUUUUUUAAUUGUUCAAUAUUUUGAACAGAAUCGUCUCCACAAAGAAUUUUAUAAAAUUCAUAGUCAUUAUUAUCAUAUUUAUUAUUUAUAUACAAAUUAUUUUCUGUUUCAUUAAAUUAAUUACAUUUUGCGAUAAAUAAUUGUUCGCAUAUCUCUAAAUGCUUCAAUGAUAUCCAACCGAGUUUGAUUUUCGAAUUAAUGAUUUUUUUUUUAGAAAUCUAUAAUUCAAAUAAAUAAUUAAAUCUUUUUUGAGACUGAGAACAAUUGAAUUAAGCCAUUACUGGUAAUGGUUUUCAAUAAAUUAAAUGCGUUGAUGAAUUAGCUUUGAGUGUGCAUGCCCUAAAAAACAAUUACAGACGAUUUUAUCUAGAUAAAUAUUUAGAAAACAUUUAAAUAAUUAUUAUUUACAUAAAUAAGAAGAAAGAUAAAAAAUAAAUAAAUAAUAUUCUAGACAAAUUUAUCUUAAAAGUCUUUACACUGAUUGUUAUGGGAGCGUGUAAAAUAUUGGAAAAUAUUUUAUCGGAAAAAUAUUUUGUAAGAUCCGUAUUUUGUCGAAAAAUAAUUUUUAUCCAACGACGAUAACAUGCAGUCACGGAAAUCUUAUAAUAAAAUUUUAUUGAACAGUUCCGACAAAACACUUUCCGAUAAAAUAUUUUUCCAACAAAAUACGAUUCCGACAAAAUACUUUCUAACGAUUUAUCUUCGCUACGCUCUGAAUCUAUAAAAAAAUCGAAAACAUUCGAUCCAUUAUCAUCGUAAACUUUUCCAUUUUCACUAAAUUAUUAUGAAAACCAUUUUGAAUAAUGGCCUAUUUAAUGUACUCUAAAAUUCCACAAUUUUUUUGAUUAAGAUUGAAAAGUUGUUCACCAGCAGAAAAAAAUAAAGAUUCCAAAAUAUUAUUCGACUCUUAUCCACCCGCCUAUUUUAGGUAUUACUUUUUCCAAAAACGAACGCAAGUGUGUGUGUAUUAUUUUUUUUAUAGUACUUAGAAUUUGUGUAUAAAAUCUUUUGGGAAACUAAAAUAAUGUUUCAAAUAAAUUCAGCAUUCAUUUAAGUACGAUGCAAACGUUUUGGAGGAUUUAUAUUAACUAAAAAGUUGUUACACACAUAAAAAAAACAGACUAAUAUUUUAUAAUAUCAAUUCAUUUAUUACUUUAAAUAUUAUACAAUCCUUAAAAAUUGACAUUAUUUGUUAUUGAUAUUAUACAAAAUAUUGUUAUGAUAAUGUGAUAAAUCCAAUGUUUAGGAAGUGACAAAACAUCUACUUUUUAAACAGUGUUGUGACGGGUACAAGCCAUCGCUGCACCGAACACAUUGUAUUCCGGUAUGUGAAAAACCGUGUAAAUGGGGAAAGUGUAUUCUGCCGAAUAUAUGCCAGUGUGACAAAUUAUAUGCCGGAAAGACUUGUGACAUACGCAUAGGUAAUUGCAUUGGCGUUAAUAAAAUCUUUAACGGUACGGUUUAUUAUUAUUUUUUUUUUAAUAAUAUGUGUUUUUUUUUUUUACGAUAGCCGUUUGUCCGCUGGGGACGUACGGAGUCAAUUGCUCGAAAAAGUGCCAUUGUCCGAAUAACUCGUACUGCGAUCCGUUCGAAGGUAGGUUACUAUUUGAACAUCAAAGAUUGAUAUAAGGAUACAAAAUAAGAGUACAAUUUAUAAAUAUAAAAUAUAAUUAUAAUGCAAUUUAAAAUAUCUGAGACUUUGAAUCACGCAACAAAUGACUUUGUAAAUACUGUAUGUGUUAUGAACAAUUUUCCAUUGGGCAUUUUAUUUUUAGUACCUAAUGUGUUCAAAUAUGUUCAAAUGUUAUUCUAAAUGUCUAUGAUUACAUACGGAGCGGUGACGGUUUUUAAACGCGGCGGACAACCGCCUACAAUAUUAAACAUGGGUUUUCAAAUGUCAUGUGCAUACAAGUGAAACCGCGCCAACUAUCGGCGCGGACGAUCGCCUGUGACCGCUCUUGUUCAACUCCUAGGCAAUGACCGCGUCCGUCAGCUACAAUAUUAAACUAUGGUUUUAUUAUAGAUUUGUUCACACAGGCGAUCUGAUCGCCGCGGUCCGGUAGCGAUUUAUGAAUUACCAUUUAUAAAAUCACCCUUGAAGUUUAGAGACUUUGUAGAAAAGUGUAGAAAAUAAUUGAUAAUUAUUUACAGUUUUUUUGUAAGUCUCUAUUGGUUUUUAAUAAUAAUUAUAAUGUAUCAAUUGUUAAUCGAACGAUGUUAACGAUAUCCUGAAGUGUUUUAAAAAUUCUUUAGAAUGAGCCCUCAGUGUCACGAAGUUCACUUAAAACUGACCUUCCUUAAUCUUUUUCGUGUUUAUCGGAUGUACCUACCCAAUAAGACCUUUUGAGGAUCUUUCAUUUUUUGCAGCACGAUUACGCUUAUGUAAUACAUAUGCUACCGCUAUGGCUUCGACAUCGUUUAAUAAGUCCAUAAUAUAGAUAUGAUUUAUAACUGUAAACUUGAAAACUGAAAUUAAACACAGUGGUCUUACCUUUACCACCUGUUUAAUGCAAUUGAUAAUUUACUCAGACUCGCGCCAAAAUUCACUUUAUUUUAUGUAAAAUUUGACUAUUUUCAAAUAUGGCGCGAAGAAAAACCGCAUAUGUGUGUAAACGAAAUGACAGACGUGGUUUUAAACGGCGAUCGCGCGCGCCCAAACCGCUCCAUGUGGUAAUCAUAAAUAUUAAUUAUAUUUGAACGAUAAAAUAAGAUUACAAAUGUCUGAAAAGAUUGUAUGUAUUUAAUCUUAAUUUCGGGAAUUUUAGGUACUACAAGCUGUUCGUGCAAUAAAAAAAGGUUCUAAAUAAUGUUAACAGAUAAAUUAUUAUCAUAAUAUGCUAUUACCGUAAAUACCUACACAGCAUAGGGAUUACACUACAAAAUAAUGUAAAAUGUUUUUUGUUCAUCCAUGUUACCAAAGGCAACUCAUAAAUCAACAAAUAUAAUUCGAUUUUUAUACAAAAAAAUACCGAAAAACCGAAUUUUAGGUAAUGGUUUUCAAUAGGGGGUGGAUUUUAAUAUCUAUAAACCGUUUCCGAACAACUUCCCAAAGUUUCGUGGCAAUCGGAUGAAUGGUGUAAGAGCGAUAAUGCCUAAAGGGCAAACAGAUAUAUAUAUAUAUAUAUAUAUAUUCGUUUUUUUAUAUAAAAAAUAGAUAAUUGGAUUAUUACCUCGAAAAUAGGAGCAAAUUACCAUUAAAGAAACGAAUUACAUAUUUGAAUUCAGCAUUCUCAAAUUAAUUGGUAUUUAUUCAAAAAAACCUUGGCAACAAAUUUAACCAGUGUAACUAAUACAGAUGUUAAAACCUUAAUGGCCAUUACUAAAUAUUUUUUUCUAAAGAAAACAGAUAUUUAAUUAUUAUUGGUUAAUAUUUGUUUAGUUUUAACAUUAUCUUUUUCAGUGCAUAAAAUCUAUGCUUCGGUAUUGUACACAUCCGCAUUCCACCCCUCCCCAAUAAAUAAAAAUAAAAAUAUUUACAUAUUAAUUCAAUUAAUUAGAUGUACACUAUAUUUUACACAACAAUAUUUACUUAUUAAUCACUUGUAUUUAAAUAAGUAGAAUAUCAUAUAUCGAAUUGUUAACAAUUUGGACCAUAUCACUAUAACCGAAAGUAUUUUUCGAGAAUAAAACUAAAUAAAUGACCAAUAAGGGAAUACAUUUUUUAUAAUUUAAAAAAAAAAAAUGCAUCAUGUCCUACAUGGUGGAAAUUCUGAAUAUAUUCCAAAAUAAUUUGUUCAUGUAAUCUUCCAAUUGUACUAUUCGUGAAAAAAUCGAAAAGAGUAUUAAGAAUUUUGAAAAAUAAUUUCAAAUUAAUUACUAUAUUAGGUGGGAAAUCACAUUAUAUAAUAUUAUAUAUUAAACAAAUUACUGAACUGCACACUACUGCAUUUGCUACUGCACAUUGUGUGUAUUACUGUGCAUAAUUUUAGGUUCUGAUAUUUUUUAUCAUCAAUACUCGUACCAUCUAACGGACACUUUAGGAGUUAUAUGCCUUCUUAUUUUUGUGACACAAAUUUUAUACAGCCGAGAUGUGGAACGCCUUUUUAUGUGAGCAUGUUAAUCUAUAUUCUGGCAAUAUAUUAUAUUAUUUAUUAAUUUGAUAAUUUUAAAUUCUGAAUAGAGCUAAGAAGCUUAUGAUUCAUAAAGACGUUUUUUUUUAUCUGUGCGUAACUUUUCUACCAGAAGACUUGCUCGGAUUUUUACGUGUAGCAACUUUUCUGAAAGGAAAUCGACGUGGGGAAACAAUCUACUAAAUCGUUUUUCCAUUUCCCCUGGAGUUUUCUAAUCAAAUGUGAAAAACCGGGAUAACACAUGGAAAACCCGGGGAAAACGCAGGGAAACUGGGAAAAUCGGUACAACAUUAGUCAAAUUUUAUCAAAAAAAAUAUAUAAAGCCUAUUUAAUUAUUUUACUAUAAAAUGAAAUAUAUAUAUUGUUUACUAAGCACUAUCACUAUCAGCUGAAAUUCACUCAGAAUCGUUUUUUUUCUUGUAAGCAAUGGUUUAUCGUUGCUUACAAAUAUACAUUAAAUUUCCGUCUAUAUCCUACAUCACAAAUUCCCACCUACACCAGUGGCUGCACCCAUCUCCAUUAUCUUACCUUUUUUUUUUUUAAUUAUAUUAUGGCGUUGAAAAAAUUAGUGAUCACAGUAAAAGACAUAUAUAUUGUAAACAGCGGAUUCAUUGUAAAAUAAUAAUAUUAUUCCAAUAUUUUUUAGGACAUUGUUUUUGCCCGGCGGGAUUUAUGGGACCUUACUGUAAUACUACUUGUUCAUCUGGAUUUUACGGCCACGAAUGUCAAUACAAAUGCAACUGCCCGCACGAUAGAACAUGCGAUCGAAUAAACGGUAAAUUAUGUUUUUUUUACAAAUAGUACAAAAUUGAAUAUUGUUAUGUGUUUUAUAAUUAUAAUAACUUACAUAAAAUGCAGAUUUAUUAUUAUUAUUUUUUAAGGAACCUGUGAGGGUUCAGAAGAUAGUAAAAAGGAUACAAAUGUGCAUAAUCUGUACACGUGGAAGAAGACAUCUCAGAAUAAAUCUAUUACUUCGUGCAAGCCGGCAGCCGAAAAAUGCCAUUGUAGACAGACUCACAAAGGUUAGUUGUAGCAGCUCAAGUAUGUUAUAAUUUAUGAUAAUAUUAAUGUUUUAUUGUAUUCAUGCAAUACGCCUAUUUUGGAUUACGCAGAGUGACUAGUCGCCAAUAAAUGUUAAUUAAAAUAUUAAAAAUAUUAUUGUGCUUUGGCUACUGUUAUAAAAAUUAAGACAAAAAAUAAAAAGCAAGUGUUUAAUUCUGACCUAAAAAAAAAUAAAAACCCUAGGUACUCAACACUUGGUUUGCAUUUACGUUUUACCAUAAAAUUAAACUUCACUAUAGACAUAUUAUUUUAAAAAUGAAUCGUUUAUUUCAGGAAGAAUUUGUGAGUGUGAACCGGGCUGGAAGGGAUACGUUUGCAAAAUUCCUUGUUCAAACGGUACAUUCGGUCAAAAUUGCUCUUCGAUUUGUAAUUGCCAUAAGGGAUUAAACUGUCGACACACUGAUGGUAUUUGUUUGUGUCCGCCGGGAUUUUAUGGACCUGAAUGUAUACAAAGUUAGUAUAUUUUAUUGGUUUAGGUUAGAUUAGGUUCCGUAAGAUUAAGUGAUUGAUCGAUUUUUGUUUGUAUGAUUUUUAAAAAACCAAUUUUUGUGGAUUUUCAUCGAAACACUUCGAUAUUGAAUGUUUUCAAUUUUCUCAUAAUAUUGGUGAUUUUUUUUUACUUCGUGGUGACAAACAACUGAAAUCUUGAAUAUCUACAAAUGUAUUAUUUUUCCAUAAGUUUUUUAAAAAUAAUAUUACUGUUGCUCUCUGGGUUACGUUUGCACAGCCACGAUACAUUAUAUUUUCGUUUCCGGUUAAGAUAUACAAACAAACACCAAUAGAUAGCGUACUCGUAUACGGAAAUAUAAAUAAAAAUUCAUAUACAAAAUACUCCAUUAAUAUGUACCUAAUGUAGGUAAUCCAAAUUUCGUCUACAUUAAGCGAGCGCUGGUGAUAUUUGGUAUACUGAUAAUUACCGGAAUUGAAUAAUUAAUGUUAUCCAGAAAUAAAUUGGCCAUCAAAAAUAUCGGCCCGUGAAGUGUCGGUACCACGCAUAUUUAACUAGGUUUAUGUUAAACUUGAGUAAAAUAAUUUACAACAAUAGUAUUUUAAAAAUAUACGAACAUACUUCGCACGAUGGGUAGGCCACUGUUGUUGGUGAGAAGUUUGGAAGGCAAAUAUAGAAGGGAAUUUAAUGUAUAUCUGUACUCAACGAUCAACCAUUGUUAAUGAAAAAUGAUUCUGAUUGGAGUUUGGUUAUGUGUGUUUUGAAUGGCCGUUUUAUUUACUAUUUGAAAAUAAUAUAUUUCGUAAAUUUUCCUUUUUUUCAUACGUUUUUCCUAUUUAUUAUGAAAACCCCUGGAAAAAUCAAAAGAUAUCUUCUUUAAAAUACCAUUUCAAUAAAAUUUCCUAUUAGAAAAGUUGCUAUAUUUGAAAAUCGAAGCAAAGUUUCUGGUAGAAAAUUUACUCAAAGAUAAAAAUAAAUAUAUGUAUAUAUGAUUAACAUCGUUGUAAAGCCCAUACGAACAUUCCUCGCUCCGUUCAGAAUCUGGAACAGAAAAUUGAUUAUUUAUGAUUUAUUUCGUUACCAUGAUACAACAACCUAAAUCAUAACCGAAUUAUUUCAUCGUGGUAUUAGUAAUUGUUUACAUCACACUAAUGAAAUUAAUAUUAAUGUUAAGGAUUCACGAUCGCUGAUAGAUAAGUAUUUACAUUUUAUGAUUUCUAUUUUAUCAUUUUACAUUUGUAUAGGAGAAUGUGGACCGUAUAAACAAUAACGUUAUCUCCAUCUUGCAACGUAUACAUUCGUCGUAUCAAUCCAAAUAUCGUACAAUUCAAAUUUAUUUUAAAAUAUCAAAUAUCAAAUGUGUCAAAUACUAUAUAUACCUAUGCAAUAUGUAUAUUUAUAUAUUUAUCAUAGCAUUUAAAAUAAUAAUUAUCGCGCAAUUAUAGAAACGUUAAUUUAAACGAAUAUUAGACUGUUAAACACUUAUUAUAAUAGGUGCCAACGUAUAAAUCGUAUAAAUAUCAAUAAUUUCUCUCGUCAUGAAUUGGCCGCGUGUCUCGUGCAAUUUGUGGAAUGGUUGGGUAAAAUAAUAAAUUAUAACGGUCCGUAAUAUUUUACAUUAUCUAUCGCUGAAAAAAGAUGCCCAUUUACAUACAUUUUAAAGGAAAUUUUAAUUCAGUGCACGAGAUAAAAAUUAAUUUGUUAUAAGUCGUGUAUUAUUAGAUUUGAAAUUUUAUGUAAAAAAAAAAAACAAAAAAAUCGAACGUUAUAAUGUACAUUUCAAAAUCGAAGUUUAAUAGUUACAACAUAGGAAUUAUUUAAAUACCGUGAGUAUUACUAUCUUGUUUUUAUAAAUUUAAUUUGUAUGUGAUACACUUUAAAAAUUUAAUGGCUAUUGCAUGUCAGUUGAGUGAAAUUACGAAUUACCAUCGGAAUCUGCAUUAUGAAUAUUAAACGGAAUUCGCUAAUAACGGAUCCAGAAGUCGUUCAAGUAGGGGAGGGAGCAAAUUCAAACAUGCUCGAGACCGUACACACAUACGCAUAUGCGAAUUAUCGGUGAAUAUUACCAAACGGCCCGAAAUGUGGAAGGGUUUUGCACAACAAAUCGAGGGUUAUUUUUGUUAAAAUCUUUGUUUUUUCUCCUAGUUACAUAUACCUUAUGUGGUUUUACAGAAAAAAUCGAGGGUUAUUUUCAUUUAAAAUCUCGUGCGAGUAACCGGCACAGCGUGGUUACUCACUGGAGACUUUCGGGUAGGUAAACACAAAAUCAUUCUUAAAAUGACUAUUACUUCUUCAAUAGUGAUUUCUGAAAAAAUUUCAACUAUUUCAAAAUUAGAGUCGAAAAACGCGUAUUUAUAAAAAGUAAUAGUUUUGAAAAUAAAUAGAAGGUGUUAAACAGGAUUUAUUCCUUGAUUUUUUUUUUUUUUUUUUUUUUAAUGUGUAUUGGAACAGAAUCGUGUUUCGUUGCGUUUCAAUGUAAGUGUGGCAGUCCUGCUAAACAAAUGGUUAUACACAAAUAUAUGACUCUGACGUGUUUGUUCCUAUAUACGCCGAUAAAUGAAUUCGAAUGGCGCAACCUAUUUAAGUUUGUGAUAAACAGACGAAAACAACAACGCUAAUAACAACGUACGUGUAGCGCGUUUGAGAAGCAGCUGAUAGGUCUUUCUACCUAUUAUAGUAAACGUGGCAUAGACAAGAACAUUAAUCGUUUGUGAUUGUUGUAAGUAAAUUUACUGAAUAUUAUAAUAUAGCAAUGCAUUUCAAUAAAAUGUUUCGACUAGGUAGUAUCUUUUUUCUAUGUUCGUCUCGAUGACUGCUCGGCUAAGACAUCUUUCUCCGUUAAUAAAAAAUUCUAGAGAAGAGCGAUAAGAAUUUUGAAAACAAAUUUGACUUUUUAGUCAAAUCUACUUGAAUUUGACUAUCCCACAUUUUUAACUUUAUCAUUCUAAAUCCUGAAAAAGCCAUUAUAAAAAAAAGUAGUAAUAGUGGGAAAGUACUUGUAAAUAGUAAUCUAAAUUAAUGUCAAAUAAACUUGACGACAAGUUCAAAUCUGCUUUCAGAAUCGUUAUCGCUUUUCCUACGUCGGUACCCACGUUGGAUAUAUAACACGUUUAAAUCUAUUUGUUGCACGCGUGUAAGACAAAUCACCGCUUCCGAUCCCCUUAAUUCGUAAUAUGAUGAAGAAUAUGCUCUCGAUGCGCGUUUUAUUUUUUUUAUUUGUACGCGUAUCGGUAUUAAAUCCUUUCAAUGCCACAUUAUUAUUAUUAUGUGUAUUUGAAUCCGUUGUACUUUGGACCGUGGCCCGUUGUGCAAUUGAAAAUAAAUACAAUAUUAUUGAUUGGUUGUUAUUAUUGUUACUGUAUAUUAUAUUAUAGCGUGUCCCAAAAACUUCUACGGCAAAAUGUGCAUAUAUAAAUGCAUGUGCGAUCCGACUGCGGAGAUUUGCGACAGUGUUAAAGGAUGUAUUCCCGUUACUGGCCUUACAAGUAAAUAUUAAUAUCGUAUCGUAUAACGAGUGUCCUUUAAUGAUUACCGACUAAUCUUUAAAAAUUAAUCGCAUAAAAUACCUUAGUCAUUUAUUACAUCGGUGAAUGGUGAUACACGAUUGCGGACGAUUCUUAUAUCGGUGUGACAUUUUUUUCCCCAUAAUACGAUCAAACACGUUCACGGUAUAACGAUAUGGACUCCGAAAAGUGACGAGAUUUGCGGACGAAUUUUUAUGUGAUGUUGCCAAGUUGUUAAAUUUGAACAGGAAACUAAAAAUGUACACUAUCAAAAAGAAAAUGUACGGAACAUAUAUUUUUAAAAACCUUGAUAAUAUUUUAUGCAAUGCGUUUUUUUAAUAAUUAUAAAAAGUACACAAAUAUAAUACAAUAUAGAAAAACAAUUAGUCAUAAUUACAGAGAAAAGAUAAUACCCCGUAUCACCUCUGAUUUUUGUUAUUUUUUUGUUUACUUGUAACGGCGUAGUUAUUACAUUGUUGAAUUAGGUAUAUUCUGUUAUUGUGUCAAUUUAUUAUAUUGCAAACGAAUUGCGAAUAAUCAGUUUUUGAAUAUUCUACUUAAAUACCGGUUGUUAUGGACAAAUAUAUUUGUGAAGAUUUUUAUUGUUAUUACUUAUGUUGAUACAACGUCUCUAUUAAUAAUAGGUACCUACCUGCAUUGGUUAUCAUAUUGUUUGUUAUUAUUGAUUUUAUAUAAUCCGGACGACAAACCGAUUAUAAAUCUGAUAAUCAACGGGCUCGGGUCAUAGAUAAAUAAUAAAGACUGGAUAGGCCGUUUCUAUACUAGAAUUGUACACAUUUUCCGCCUCACAUUAUGGCGGGCUUAUCAUGGCGAUUUAUUUACAUUAUUUUAUAUGAUACAACGUGAUAAUCAUAGAUAAAGUGUAUAACGAAAACUCCUGAGGUUUACCCGUUCAUUCAUUUAACUAUUCAUACAAUUUAUUGUAUUUCAUUUUUAUUUAUUCUGAUUGUAGUAGGUGUCAUUGGGGCCAGUGGAAGGGUGGGCUAAUUAGGUAUCUACCUUAUGCUUCAUAGGGUCUCGCGUUUUCAGAUUCUGAGCGGCGCGAAGAGUGUAUUACUUUCAAAGUAUUAAAGUAUGUGUGAGGUUUUUUUUUUGUUUGUUUGUUUCUAAAAAAAUUAUCUUAAAAUUCCUAAACUAAUUCUAAUUUUUAAAUGUAAAAUUUAUGUUUUUGUGGGGGCACAUCUUGUGAUUUUACAAUUAAACAAUAAUUAGUAUAAUAAUAUUGUCGUAUUGAUAAUGAAAAUUAUUUUGUAAUCGUUGGUUUUGCCCAGCGUUUGCCUUAACCACACGAGUGAAACUCGAUCACAUAUACAUGAUUUAAUUUUAGAUUUUGAGCUGAGCGAACAAUGUAUUGGUUUUACAAUGAUGUUUAUAUAUAUAUAUAUAUACAUUUUUUUUCUCAUCUGUGAGCAAAUAUUCUACAGGAAAUUUUGAUUUUCAACUGUAGUGCAUUUUCUGAAAGGGAAUUUUAUCUGGGUGGUGAUUAAAGGAGGUCAUUUUUGAUUUUUUCAGAGGUUUUCAUUAUAUAUGGGAGAAACCCGGGAAAACUUAGGAAAACGGAAAAUUUACGAAAUAUAUUAUUUUCAAAUUGUGAAUAUUACGGUCUUUCAAAACGUGUACAACCAAACUCAACUCAGAAUCGUUUUUCGUUAGCCAUGGUUGAUCGUUGCGUACAAAUAUACAAUUAAUUCCCCUUGUCUUACCUUUCCGACUUUUCACGUAAGACAGUGGCCCACCUAUCAUGCGAAGUUUAUAGCCGUAUCCUUUUAAAAUGCUAUUGCUGGGUUUAAGUAUUUCGGCCAAGUCCGAUAUAAACCGAGGUAAAUAUACGGUGCCAAAACUUAGUCAUAGUCAAAAAUAACUAUUUCGAGACUUUUAAUAAACUUUAUGAAAAUUGAAAUGGAAAUCAAAAUUUUAUCGUUUUAUUUAGAAAACACUUUAUUAAUUUAAUUAAAGAAGAAUUAGUACGUGGUCAAUAAGAAUCUUGAAAUAAAAUAGUUUAUUGAUUUUUCGGAAUUAAUUUUUAAUAGGCUGACAUCAUAUUUACUUUUUCUUUUGUUCCAAUAAUUGUUUUUCGCAUUGGAUUAUAUUUAAAUUUUAAGUUAUUUAUAGUAAUUUGACAUGUAAGAGUUUUUUAAAUUUGUGUUUGGUUGGAAUGACAUGAAUAAAAUAUUUAACCAAACAGAAAAGCUUAAAAAAUUGAAAACGAGGAUUAUUAUAAAUAAUUGUACUUGGUGGUAAAAAAUAAAUUGUAGCAUUAUUUUUUUUAUAUAUAUAAGCGCUAUAAGAUCCAAUUUUAAUGAAAAUCGUAAAAAUUAGGUUAGGUAUUCAAAAAUAUGAAAUUGAACUUUCCUUAUUAUCAUUUUUUGUUGAUAACGGUUCAUAAUAAAAUGUAUAAAUCCAAAAAUAUCGAUAUGACCCACGAUUUUACUUAGUACCUACUAGAUAGUAAGUACUAGUAUCUACUAAUGACGUCGGGAAAGUGGCGGUAUUCGCAUCAAAUAGCACUCACAUUAAUGUUCGUUCACUUUUCACACAUCGACAUGACCCGUGGGUGUGUGUGUGUGUGUACCCGUCAAAUAAAUUACCUAAACCGUUUUCUUUAGAAUCGACCAUGCUGCGGUCCUUUAAGCUAUUAUGUAUAUAAUGUUAAAUUUUAAUUUAAAAAGUAGCGAGUAGUAAAUUGUUAUUAUUUUAUGCAUUAAUUUAUCUAAAAAUAUGUGUAAAUAACAAUUCAGUACUAAGACAUGUACUGUUAGUAUAAGUACAAAUAAAAUUUAUCUUUUCGUGUUUCGCUAUUGACUUGUAUGAGGUAUUUUCUGGACUCUCCGGAAUACCUUGCUUAGGGCUUCGCCCUAUUAGGUGUCUAUGGCUCGGGCUCGGGAUAAUAUAUAAACUUAUGAUAAUUAAGGGAAUUUUAAACUGACACUUUUUCACCGAUACAACAACUCGACUAUGUUACACUGAAGGUAAUACGUUCAUAAUCGUGUUUCAUCCAUUAAUAACAAAUUCAUGACAUUUAAAAUGUUAGUGUGACGAACAGUCAUUAUUUUUAGUUAUAAUUACAAUACAGUCGGUUCUGAAUACCAAUACAUUAAACAUAAUUAUAGUAUUAAUGUAUCAAACAGAUUUAUGUUAUAAACACGACUUUUUACAAGGCUAUAAAAAAAACCUAAUGAUUUGUGGUAGCCGACACUUCCUAAACUUUAAUAUUCUAUUUAUUUAAAAAGCGUAUAUAGGUUAUACUUUUUAAAAUAGCAUUUAUUUUAAUAUUAUAUUUAUAUUUUUGUACAUAUACAUUUUUUUUUGUAUUUUGAAUUUUUAGAUGACACAAGUGUCCUUCAGAUAGAUCAAGAAAAAAGAAACUCUAUCUGGAUCGUGAACGUUUCGAUUAUUUUUAGUUUUUUUCUAUUUUCGACUAUAGGGAUAGGAAUGUUGAUAUACUACUUUUACUACUAUCGGCAUAAAAUGCAAGGUACGUAUUUAUUUCAUAAGCCUUUGCUUACUCCAUACAAAGUAAUAAAUAACAAUAAUUUACGAAAAUUUACGAAAAUAAUGGUUUUUAUUAUUUUAAUUUUUUUUUUUUUUAUAUAUAUACUUUGUACACAAUUAUAAUAUUCAUGCCCAACAUUCUGUAUCAUACGAUACAUCGGACUCACUAUAGUUUCGUGAAAUGUAUGUUUUAGUCUAAUUGAAAUAAUUUGUUUACACAAUAUCCCUGAUGUCUUGAUGCCACCUGAUAUUGAAAUAAUAUUAAAUGUGUUUGUUUUAUUGUAUACAUUUUAGAUUUGUAUAAUCGUAGAAACGCGACUCGUUCGGAACUGCGGGAAAAUACAUCCACAGAAGAUGCCAACAUCGGAACGAUUAGCAUCGUUUAUAACGGUGAACGAAUGACGGGCUGGAAUACAUCUUACACGAACAAAAUGUUUUAUCUGACGUAUGGGAAUCAUAACAAUAGUUCCCACUACGAAACAGAAGAAAACUUAUAUUUCGAAAUUGAUGAAAUCGCUCCGAGACGCGGAGGUACAUGAAUAGUGCAGUUUAAUUAUUAGCCUGACAAAUAUUUGGGUUUUAUUUUUAGUUAGGUGAAUAAUAGUCAAUGUGUAUAUUUAGCGACACAGUCUGUUUACGUAUUUGAGAGGAAAGUAUAAUAUUAUUCGGUUUUGACUGUCGAGGUUCAAACGUGGUUUUUAACCUAAUGUGACAAUAAAAUCGAACUUGUAUUAUAACGUAUAAAUUCAUACUAACGAUCAAAGUUAUUAUUUUCUUCGUAUUUAAUAAUCGUUUCAAGUUAAAUUAAAUAUGUUAUGAUAUAUCAUAAUGGUUCAAGUUUAGUUCGAUAGUAUAUUAUUCCGGGUAAUAAUAAUAUUUAUACUCUUGCGAGUUGGCUAUAAUUGUAUGUUAAUUUAUUCAUAAAGAGGGAAAUCUAUACAAAAUUUGUCCACGUCCGUCGACACGUAAUUAUUUCUAGUAUGAAAAAUGUUUAUAAUGUUGGGUAUAAUAAUAAUAUUGCAAUUGAUGAAUUUGGUUUUUUUUUUCCUUUUUGAUAGACGAUUUGUAUGAUCAUCUUGAUUUUUUACGACCGACUGGAUCGUGGAAACCACAUUAUCAAAAAGCGUUAGUGAUGCAAGAACAACUAGACCAGAGUUCGAGCAGAACCAACAGUAGGAGUAGUUUAAAAACAUAG